CUAUUCAUUCACUCCUUCUUUGCGCCGAAAAUUUUAAAAACCAUUGUUUUUUUUAUGAUUAAGAUGAUGAUGACGGCGACUGUGGAGUCGCCACCUGCCGCCGCCGCCCUGGGUUUCGCGGGUAAUCUGCACUUACUCGCGGAUGUGGCCAUAGCGCAAGAUGAGGCGGAGAAGGCCGCCGCUCUUGACAGGGAAAUUCUGUCCCUCCGCCGCGUGGCCUCCGCCAAGCUCACACGGGAAAAGAGGGUUUUGGACAAGUUUAUGGGAGACAUCAAGAAGAAAGAUUUCCUGAAGUUGGCCGCCUCUGUCAUGCCCUGGACCCCACUUUCGGCGGCGGGCCACAAGAGGAAGAGGGAAACGUCUUAUUCCCCGGAGCCCAUAAUAAUUAAUCGGGAAGAAGAAGAAGAAGAAGAAGAAGAGAAACAAGGGGAGAAGAAGAAGAAGAAAUUGAUCCUCAAGAUAAAGACUCCUUCCUCGGCGAACAAUGAUAAUAACAACAGCCCGAAACAGAGCCCAAAACAGAGGGUUGAUAAUAUCCUUGUCCAUCAUCAAGGCCCGGCCACGGGCAUGCCGGAGAGAUUCAAGAAUAAGAUUCGGGAGCUAGCAGGGCCGGACGCGAUAAUUGGAGAGGAGAAGCUUCUGAUAGAAAAGGCGCUGACGGAAAGCGACACGAGUUUACACCAGGCGAGGCUGACGAUGCCGGAGAGGAGCAUGCAUAUGGCAGAGAGGGAGUUUCUGACGGAGGAGGAGAAGCGGUUGGUGCGGCAGAAGGCGGCGACGGGGAACCAGUUGGAGGGGAUUGACGCGACGCUGGUGGACCCGUUGCUGAGGAGGGGGUGGGGGGUGAAGCUGAAGAGGUGGGUGAUGAGGAAAGGGGAGGGGAAGCGGAGCAGCGUGCUGUACGCCGUCAACGGCAAGUGGAAGGACGUGUUGGAAGGGAUGGGUUGGGUUGGUAAAAAGGGGGAAGGCAUCGUCGUCGUCGUCAGAGUCUGGAGUGUUCGGGUCAAUGGACGCCUCUGGCUCGCAGUUGUCCAAGUAUAAAACAUACUGCGCGAGCUGAUGAGGAGGAGGAAGAGGAGGAGGAGGACAAGAAACAACAAUUAACUAACCUUUCAUUC